AUGACCUUCAAACCAAACACAUUUUACGUUGGAUUAGCUGAGGCUGUCUUUGCACAGUUGAUCAACAGCAAGAGCGGGACAGUUCUUGACCUCAGCGCAUGGGACAACAAGUGGUUCUUUGAGAACAUCGGUGAUGGGCUAUACACUAUCAAGAGUGGCACCGGAAAGUACCUCGGACUGGAUGGCGUAAUCGAAACUGGGACAUAUGGAGCUGCGAUCGACACCCCUAGUUUCAGUUGGUCGAUUGAGAAGGACCCGAGCUCCAACGACAGCUACAGAAUUUUUAUUGAGGAGACCCAUCUGAGCUUGGACCUCGGGAACGAUGGGAGUUCUGCUAACCGUACCCCUGUCCUGCUUCGACAAGCCUAUGCCCCUUAUCAGUACUGGAGGUUUUCAGUGGUGUUGGCGAGAGCACUGAGAAAAGGAAUUCCAGCGGAUGAUCAUGGAAUUUCACGAAAAAUCCUGCACCACUGUAUGAUUAUUACCAUCACCUCCGGCUUGGCGGAGCACAAAAACGAAACAUAUGAUGGGACUUUUGGAGAUGACGUGGCAGUUCCAACUAAUGGUCAUAUUGGGCACAAGCAGCUUUUAAAAAAAAGUUGCAGAGAGAACCAUAAGGUCGCAGGAAACCAAGGGGGGCUCAAGGGGAAACUCAAGGGGAUAUUCUCCAAGAAAGCUACAUCAGCGCAAAGUUACUCAACCUCAGGGGUGCCCUCUCCUACGCAGUUGCCGUUGUGGCCGGUCGACACCAAGGGAAAUACCAAACAGGCUUCAAGGGUGCCUUCUCCCACGCUCUUGCCGUCGUCAUCUGGCGAUACCAAGGGGAAUAUCGCGGGGAACCCCAAGGGAGGCACUAAGGGCAAUACGGGUUCUGGUACCGUUUGGAACGGCGUCCUGAGCGUGCUGCGUGUCGCGCAGGCUAGCCUAGACGAUGUGCCUGUUCCUGGCCUCAAAAGCGCGAUCGGUGGCUUUCUCGAGGUAGUCGGCCAAUUGGAGAAAGCAGAAGCGAACGCAGAGGCGAUUUCUCAGCUUCAGAACAACAUCGAAUUCUUUAAUCGUUCAGUAUCGGACCCUCUCAAACAAUAUGCCGCCAAGGGCCCCGUUCCUCCCGAGGUUGCUGAGGCCGUCGAGGCUUUAUCGACCCAACUUGUUGCGACUAUUACAACAUUGCAAUCGUAUCGCCACAAGAACUCUGCGUCCCUAUGGGCGAAUCGCGACCAAAUCGAAAGGGAUAUUCGCGUGGCUGGGAUUAAGAUUCGUGAUGGUGUGACGGCCUUUCUGUCCAAUGGACGUAGGCUUCGCAAGCAGUCCAAGUUCAUUUAG